AGAAGCAACGCCACGUCUCCUCUCUCUCUCUUAAAACUGCCUCCCAUUCCUCUCUCUUGCAUUCUUCUUUCUCUUUCCGGAUACAGAUCUUUGGCGAGAAAUGCGGACGCUCACUUUCUAUGAGAGAGUUUCAACAGCUUUCCAUGACUAUCCUUCGCUCUCUAAGCUUCUCGUUCUCUUCACCGUCAGUGGUGGGGGACUGGUGGCUUAUGCUGAGGCAAACCCAACUAAUGGGGCACACGCCGUUGCAUCUUCUCAAUCAGAGUACAAGAAAAAGGUGGUGGUGCUUGGAACUGGUUGGGCUGGAACGAGUUUCUUGAAGAACCUGAAGAACCCCUCAUAUGAGGUACAAGUGGUAUCACCUCGUAAUUAUUUUGCAUUCACCCCUCUGCUACCAAGUGUGACAUGUGGUACAGUGGAAGCUCGCAGCAUUGUUGAGCCAAUUCGCAACAUUGUUCGAAAGAAAAAUGUAGACAUUCGGUUCCAGGAAGCAGAGUGUUACGAGAUUGAUGCAAAAAACAAGAAAAUCUAUUGUCGAUCUUCUCAAAACAAAAAUUUCAAUGGGAAAGAAGAAUUUGUUGUGGACUAUGACUACCUUGUAAUAGCCACUGGAGCACGUGUUAAUACUUUCAAUACUCCUGGUGUGGAAGAGAAUUGCCAUUUCUUGAAGGAAGUUGAAGAUGCUCAGAAUAUCAGGAGAGCGGUUAUCGACUGCUUUGAAAAAGCAAGCCUGCCGACCGUAAGUGAUGAAGAGAGGAAGAGAAUUCUUCAUUUUGCUGUUGUUGGUGGUGGCCCAACUGGCGUGGAGUUUUCUGCAGAGCUUCAUGAUUUUGUCAAUGAGGAUUUAGUGAAACUAUAUCCUGGGGUCAAAGGCCUAGUCAAAAUAACACUUCUUGAGGCUGGAGACCACAUUCUCAAUAUGUUUGACAAAAGAAUCACAGCUUUUGCUGAAGAGAAGUUCAAAAGAGAGGGUAUCGAUGUGAAGACAGGAUCAAUGGUUGUAAAAGUAUCUGAAAAGGAAAUCUCUACUAAAGAAAUGAAAACUGGGGAAAUUUCUUCCCUGCCAUAUGGAAUGGCUGUCUGGUCAACCGGCAUUGGAACUCGACCUGUCAUUAUGGAUUUUAUGAAGCAAAUUGGUCAGGGUAAUAGGCGUGUAUUAGCAACUGAUGAAUGGCUGCGAGUUGAGGGAUGUGACAGUGUAUAUGCACUUGGUGAUUGUGCCACUAUAAAUCAGCGAAAAAUCAUGGAAGAUAUUUCAUCAAUAUUUAGUAAGGCAGACAAGGACAAUUCGGGAACCCUUACAGUUAAAGAACUCCAAGAAGUCAUUGAUGACAUCUGUGAAAGAUACCCUCAAAUGGAGCUUUAUUUGAAGAAAAAGCAGAUGCGCAAUAUAGUUGAUCUUUUAAAGGAAUCCAAAGGGGAUGUUGCAAAAGAAUCCAUCGAACUGAAUAUUGAAGACCUUAAAUCCACUCUUUCCCAAGUGGAUUCUCAGAUGAAAAAUCUUCCAGCUACGGCUCAGGUUGCGGCUCAGCAGGGUACCUACCUUGCAAACUGUUUUAACCGUAUGGAAGAGUGUGAAAAAUAUCCAGAGGGUCCUCUCAGGUUCAGGGGAACAGGCCGACAUCGCUUUCAUCCCUUUAGGUACAAGCAUCUUGGACAGUUUGCUCCUUUGGGAGGAGAGCAAACAGCAGCACAACUGCCUGGGGAUUGGGUAUCCAUUGGACAAAGCAGCCAGUGGCUUUGGUACUCAGUUUAUGCAAGCAAGCAAGUCAGCUGGCGCAACAGGAUAUUGGUGGUAACUGACUGGACAAGGCGUUUUGUUUUUGGGAGGGACUCGAGUCGGAUAUGAGGCAAGCAACUAACUCAUACUAAAGAGUUUCCAAUUGCAAAUUGCGGCGCUUACUUUAUUUCCUGUUUUUUGUUUUUUUAACCUUCUCAUUUCAAAAUGUAUGAAAAUUUUGGUUCCAAAUUUGAUUAGUUCAUCUGUUCUGUUGAAUAAACAAAUAAGCCCUCGUCUCAAGUUGCUGUAAGUGGGUUUUAAUUUUUCCAAUUCUAGUAGCGUAUUUUGGCAGCUAAACUUUUGUUCAACAAUUGAGCUACAUGAUUAGUCACCCGUGUCGGGUGUG